AUGGCAGGAUUGGCUGACGUGGGUGGCAGUUACACACUACGUACCGGUUACAGAAUACCGCUAGUUGGUCUUGGAACCUACAAGAUCAAAGGAGACUUGGUGUGUCUUCCUCUACAUAACCUCAAAAGGGAGGAUGUCUUUCUACUGACGAAAGUAUAUCCGAGCGAUUCGAGCGAAGAUGUUCUGAGCAUGGUCGAGGACUCGCUUCGUAAUUUACGAACAAGCUAUAUCGAUAUGGUCCUUAUUCAUUUCCCAAAGACUAAGGGGACUGCACUGAACGAUCCUGACAAUGCGUUGCAUAGAAAGACCACUUAUUUGGCACUGGAGCAAUUGAAAGAGGAAGGAAAAAUUCGUUCCGUCGGCGUUUCGAACUAUGAAGUCCGUCAUAUCGAGGAGAUCAAAGCUUACGGCCAGGAUUUGCCCUGCAUGAAUCAAGUAGAAUUUCAUCCUCAUUUUGUCCGGCAAGAGCUUAUGGAUUACUGUAAGAACAACGGCAUUUUCUUUCAGGCAUAUUCGUCUUUGGCUCGGCACAACCCUGAUCUAAUUGAGCAUCCAGCAGUAUUACAAUUAGCAGCUAAAUACGGAAUUUCUCCACAGAUUGUGUUACUAUCAUGGGCAGUUAGCCAAGGCGUUGGAGUCAUUCCGAAAUCAUCGAAUCCCACAGGAUUGUGGAACAUAUGA